GUCGGGUUCGUUUCUAGCCAUCAUUCAUUAAUUUUCUACUAGUUGUACAAGAGCAGAUUGGAUUGUAUUGCAAAAAAAAAGUUAUCGCAAAUUUAAGACAUGAAGGGGUUCGUCAUUUUUGCCAUAUUUUCCAUCAUGUACGUCCUCCUCGUAAUUUUGUUUAAUGGAAUUGCUGGCGCCGAGUUUGCAAACUCACCUCCUCCUCCUAUCCAACAACACGGCAACAUUUCACCACAACCUUCUCCCGAUAAUAAGUUUCCGAGACAGGAAAUUCCCGGUAUUUUUGGUCAAUUUCCGUCCCCCGUGGGAGCAGCAGCCGCCGCCGCGGCGCCACCUGCCCCUCGCCCUCCCCCAAACGGAAGUGGGAACCCGAUCGUGGACAUUUUCAAGGUUGAAGACCCCACCACGAAGAACAUGUUGGACGCGGCGUACGGGACUUAUCACGGAGAUGACCAGUGCAUGCGCAAAUCCGCCUGCAUUCUCGGCAACUACAUGAAAGACUUGCCCGGACGGGAUUUAAUGUUUAUGAAUAAUUACAUCCUUUUCAGCCUGGCGGGAGGCUACAUUCCACCAGAGUACAGCCUGUUCUACGACAUUUUUAGAAAUUCGGCCCUCUACGGUCAAAACUGUGAUGUGUACGUGUGCAUCGCCGCAAACCAAGUGCAGGGUCAGUUUAAAACACCGUCGGCGUCGGGUCAAGCUACGUCGCAGUAAAUUUCAGUUUAUGCAUGUAUGAACUUCUUAAGUGAUAAUUAGUGAAUGAAUAGCAAUAAAAUAUGAACAUAUUUAUAUUUUGUGAGAUGUAUAACUCACCCUAAAAAUGAGCAAUAUUUAGAACAAUAACAAUCGAAAAAUGAACAAUAUUUAGAACAACAAUAGAAAAAUAGCACGUAAUUUGUAACCCAACAUAAAAUUUCAUUAUUCCAAUAAAAGAUUAUUGCCUUUCUUCCAAGUCAACGUUCUGGAGAGAAAGGUGUGUGCAUGACC